CACAAGGAUUCAGACAGCAUCACGGAAGCAUCGAAUACUCGGGCUCGUGUUGGUGAAUGUUGGCACGGCGAGUGCUUAAAGUCACGUGUCAUCUCGGCGCGUAGUUAGAUAUUAAACGAGCGAGGGUGGGCAUAUUGGUUAGUGUCCGAAGAGACGUAAGAAAGGAAGUAAGAAAAUUUGAUUCCUGCCUGAUACCUAUAAAAUUGCUCCGAACAAAAUGUUGCAGUGCUUAAUGCGCUAUACUGGUAGAUCGGGGAUUCGCCCACUAAGUAACAGUGCCAUUGUCUUCGAUUCAAAGCAACCGGUCACAGAGUCUUCUGGGCAGGCUACAGCAGGUUCUACAAGCUCAGGCUCAUAUGGAACACUCAUGCAUAAGUGUACAAACUUUGACAAAAGAGUUUUAUCGUGGAUGAAUCGUUAUCCCAGUUUUGCAGAGGUCCCAGAUAAAGUGACGAUAGAAUGUAUAACACAGGCACGAUCCAAGUUCCGCAUCCGAUUAUGUAACUAUAUGAUUGUGGCCAGUGUUAUUGGUUGCAUAGCAGCUAUAUAUACUGGAAAAUUUAAAGGAGCACGAGGAGAAAAUUUAACACAGUAUAAUUUAGAUUGGCACGAAAAAAUUAAUCGAGAAUAUCAGAGUAGUGUACUAAAGGAUGCAGCAUCCAAGGAAGCAUCGGCAGAGAAAGGAAAGUCCUAAAUCAUUUAGUUUCGCUAAGAAUUCCAUAAUAUAUAUCAUGGAAUGUAUAUGUAUGUAGAGACUUAAUAACUUAAGGUUUUGAAAUUAAUAUAGAACGAUGUUCCCUAAGCAUGUCUAAAAUGUGAGCAAUAUGGUUGUAAUUAUUGGUGGCUCGAGUCCCCAAUUACAUUUGAUACUCUUAAACAGACAAUAAUUUUAACUUAUAAGCACUAUAUAUUAAACAAUGUUUUAUUAUUAAACUGUGCGUAUAAUAACAGUAUCUUAUUCCUCCUUGGUAAUACAAAACGCAAAGAACAAUCUCUACAAUUUGUAAUGAAUUAUUACUAGCAUGUACAAUAUACAAUUUGAUUCCUGGUUGCUUAGUGCAACUGUAUUGUUGUUAGCACUAGUGGUAUGUAUAAGAAUAUAUUAAAAAACCACGUGAUAUCGAUGACUAGAUUUAAUUUGAAAAUAUUGUUAAACGACCAUGUUGCCUAUAAAAAUAAAAGGUGUUUUAAAAUA